CAGCGAGCUCAGAGCCACAGAAGCUACUGGAGCAGAGCUGGCGAAGUGGAGGUGACCAGCCAGUGGGACCGGACAAAGGCGUGGACGCCCAGCAGUGGCGUGUCCUGGAGAGUUUGCUCGCCCACGACGUUGCCCGUGCCUGCUGCAGUGGGCACAAAAGACCGAAUUGACCUACGGGGAUUCCAGGGACAAGGAGCCUCCCGGAGAGGAGGAGCCCAGGCUUGUGCAGGUGUCACAUGCCCCACGCCCACAUCUGUUGAACAUGCAGCCAUCCGGGUCAAGAGUUACAACUUGAGCUCCAGGGAGCGGUAUGUUUGUAACUCAGGUUUCAAGCGUAAAGCCGGGACAUCCAGCCUGACGGAGUGUGUGUUUAACAAAACCACAAACAUUGCCUACUGGACAACUCCCAAUCUCAAGUGCAUCAGAGACCCCUCCCUGACUCACCAAAGGCCAGUGCCACCCUCCACUGUAGUGACGGCAAGGGUGACCCCACAGCCAGAGAGCCCCUCCCCUUCUGGAAAAGGCCCAGCCACAUUCUCUCCAGAAUCAGACACCACAGUGGCCACAGGGACAGCUAUUGUACCAGGCUCCCAGCUGAUGCCAUCCACGUCACCUUCCACAGGAACCACAGGGGUAGGCAGUCAUGAGUCCUCCCAAGCCCCAUCUCAGACAACAACAAAGACCUUGGAACCCACGCCCUCCACCUCCCACGAGACAACAGAUGCUCAUCCGUACAGUUCCAGAGACGUCACUGUGGCCAUCUCCACAUCUGUCUCGCUGCUGGGUGUAGUGUGUGUGGGGUUCCUCCUGGCGUAUUGCCUCAGACCAAGGCAAACUUCCCAGCCACCUGGUGUUGAAAUGGAAACCACAGAAGCAAUGCCAAUGACUGGGCGCACCGGUAGCAGAGAGGAAGACACAGAAAACUACCCACCUGACCUCUGAAACUCGUGGUGGGGUGUUCCAGCCCAACUAAGUCUGGAGCAAAGGAACCACCUCUGUUUACCUAAGGAGGAAGAGACUCAAGGAGUUGGGUGCCCAGAAAAAGCCGACCAGGAUAACCACACGUCCCUGAUGUGAUCUAACUGUGCCCAGCCUGGGCACACCCCCGUAGAAGCCAGGAGAUCACUGAGCAUUCAGGAGGAUGCCAUCCAUCCACCCACCUGCUGCCAACUCAGGUACAGGGGCCAGCUUCCCAAAGUCCAAGCAGGUAAAGCUCUCUCAGGAAAGGCUGAUGGCUUCAGGCCAGCGUUUGUAUUUCAUUAUGACAUUUAUUGAGGCUACUUUAUUGGCCUGUUUAGUCCAUGUGUCAUCCUGACUUGUAGUUUAGAGAGGAUAGUAAUACAACCAAGGCUGUCCAUUGCACAAUGCUCCUUCUGACUUGAGAGAUGUCCACAGGGAAGGCAUCUGCAUUUGAGCUCCAGAAAAUUCUGACAAUAGGUGCUCUGCAUGAUUGGAAGUAGGCCAAGCAAGGCAGAAGACAUAUUGAGCCCACUGAAUCCUCUUGAGUUAAGGAUUCAGAAAGAAAACUGAACUCAGUGACAUUUUACAUACACAAGCGUUUAUAUUUAUUCUUCUGUUAUCUCUGCAUAUUAUAUAUGAUUUGUAUUUUGAAAUUAUGUCUAUGUAAGCAAAAUAAAAAUAUAUUUUCAAUACAAAAAGAAUGAGACAUGUUCCACAAAGAAAACAGCAAGGAUGCAGAAUCUGCAAUGAUUGUAGCACAGAUUUUCUUUCUAAAAAGAGAAAAAAAAAAUGCUUGCCCAAAGCUGGAUCAUAUCACAGUUUCGGGAAUUUCUAACAAAAUUUCCCUGUGAGAAGUAACUUGAUGUAACCUGGAUGAUGGUAAGUUGUGGCUCAGCUAUGUGUGGGAUGUACAUUUCACUUUCCUUCUCAUGUUCUUCUUUGCUGUGGAUGCCAUUUAUUUCUGAAAUCCUAGGCCUAAUCUCACUUUCCCACCCAUUUUAUGGAUGUGAAAAUUGAGCCAGAGAAAGUGGAACCACCACAAACAUCUGGGAGGUAGGGCAUGCACGCAGCAUCUGAUUCAUAUGCUGCCAGAGGCUCUUAAAGCGCCACUUCUCAUUGUCUGCUGUGUGUCAAUUUAGAUGGUUUUAUCACAAUUAAAGGAAGCCUCUCCAAAUGGUUAUUUGGGCCCCUCCCCUCCAACCAGCACAGUGGUAGGAGUGGUAGGAGCUGCCAUGCCAUUAGUGUCAGACCAGACACCUACAUGCAUCACUGUUGCAUUUCGUGGGUCCAGCCGUGUUCAAAGGCCAGCCUAGGCUCAAAUGGGAGGGAAGGAAUCAAUGGAAGCCCGAUUUGGUGAGUGCCUCCCACAGUUUUCAGAGCUGCUGCAGAGCUGUGAUUUGCUUUUCAAUCCUUGGCACUCAGUAAAUGUCAAUAAAUAUUGGAUGAAGGAACAGAAUUAUCUGUGGAAACCACUACCUGCCAAGUGCUAAUUAGAAUCCAUCUUAAAAUUUUUAUAAUGAAAUGGAAAAAGUUCACAGAACUCCAAAAGAUUUCAAAGUUCUACAGCUGUUAUGCCUUUAGUCCAGAUGUCUUUAACUGGCUACAAACCUAAAAAACUCACAUUUUCCCCUUUUCCCUUGUUUCCUGCACUCCGAAAUUUGCCAUGAAAAAAACACAUUACUUCUCAUAUUUUUUAUUUUGCUUCAUUUUCCUUGAUCAAGAAUAACUUUUACCCCUGCUCCCCCCACCUUUUUUUUUUUUUAAAGAUUUUAUUUAAUUAUUUGAGAGGCAGAGUUAUAGUGAGAGGGAGAAGACAGUGAGAAAGGUCUUCCUUCUGUUGGUUCACUCCCCAAAUGGCUGCAAUGGCCAGAGCUGCGCCCAUCCGAAGCCAGGAACCAGGUGCUUCCUCCCGGUCUCCCAUGUGGGUGCAGGGCCCAAGCACCUGGGCCAUCCUCCACUGCUUUCCCAGGCUGCAGCAGAGAGCUGGAUUGGAAGAGGAGCAGCUGGGAGUAGAACCGGCACCCAUAUGGGAUGCCAGCGCCACAGGAGGAAGAGUAACCCACUGUGCUAUGUUGCCGGCCCCUAUUUUCUUCCUUUUAAACUCUCUUCUAGACAUUAGGAAGUAAAAGAACAGGGAUCAAAAUCCACAUUUAAGAAUCUUCCAUGUUUCUAAGUGCCUGUUCCACUUCUUCAUCAAAAACCUUUCACUAUUAGUUGAGGCUGCCCAUUUCUGGCCUCAAAAUUUCAAAAAAAAAAAAAAAUAUGCAGUUUAAGUAUCUUGAAUCUCCUUGCCUAUUUCCCAACAAGUCUGUGCUGCUUGGAGUAGAACCAGCCCAAUUCAAAUCAUAGCCUCCCCAACACCCAGCACAAAUCAGGGCUGAAUGUGUGAAUAUCAUUCCAGGAUGCAUAUAAACAAGGAGCUCUAAUAAUGAGGAAAUUCACUUUCCCCUUCUCUCCCUCAAGUGCCUGUCAAUAAUAUUGUCUACACAUGCUGCUUUUGUUGGGUUAGUCUUAGCUAUCCAGGACAUAGCACUUCUUUGUCUACAUUUAUGGGUGUCCUCCAUUGUGUUGGGGUGCCUUGUUGUUCAAUACAGGGUAGGGGCAGACAUCCCCUUCCCAUAUGCUCUCAUCUAACCUGGCUGGGCCCAUCAGACCUUUUCACCUGGGACUCAGAAGCUGUUGACUAUGGGAGGAAUGAAUGAAGCACAAUGAACUUGCAGAGCGGUGUCCUGUAAUCGCCUUAGCUGUCACACUAUUUCUUUCUCCAGACUGCUCUGGUUCAGAGAAUCUGCUCUGGUCCCGGAAUGAAUUCAUCAAAAUCCUUAAACUACCACUUACCUAUUGAUAAUUUUAAAAUUACUUCCACCCACGGCUCUUUGUUGAGUAUAGAUGUUUACCCAAUAGCCCCCUGGACAAUUCUACUUUAAUUUCUCUUAAGCACCCUAAAAUCAUUACAUCAAAAAAACAAAUCCAGGGGCCGGCAUUGUGGCAUAACGGGUAAAGCUGCCACCUGUGACACCGGUAUCCCAUAUGGGUGCCAGUUCAAGUCCUGGCUGCUCCACUUCUGAACCAGCGACCUGCUAAUGUACCCGGAAAGCAGAGGAGGAUGGCCCAAGUACUUGGGCACCUGUGCCCACAUGAGAAACCAGGAAGAAGCUCCUGGCUCCUGCCUUUGGAUCAGCCCACCAAUAGCUGUGCAGUCAUUUGGGGAGUGAACUAGUGGAUGGAAGCUCUCUCUAUCUCUCGCUCUCUAACUCUGCCUUUCAGAUAAAUCCAGCUUAAAAAAAAAACAAAUCUGCUGAGCCCCAGCCCCAGAGUAUCUGACCCUGAAGGUCUUUGGUACACUGGGAAUUGUAUUUCUAACUCUUCCCAGCUGAUACUGAUGCCACUCAUCUGGGGACCGUACUUCCAAGACCACUAAUCUGUCUACCCAAUCAGCAGUUCACCCUACCAGUCACAGUGCAACUGCCAUCACUUGUCAUUUUCUUGCUGAGAUGAUAAUCAUUAGCCUUUUAAUUUAUCUGACCUUUUGUAUUUUUAAAUAUUUACUUAUUUGAAAAUCAGAGAGAGAGAGAAAGUCUUCCAUCUGCGGGUUCACUCCCCAGAUGGCUACAACGGUCAGGCUGAAGCCAGGAGUCAAAAGCUU